GUAUGUCCGAUAGUAAACAAAACGUCGAUGAGCUGGUCAACAGCGAACCCCACGACUUUUGCUCGCUGCUUUCUUCUUCCGAGAGGGACUUUCUUGUCCGCAACAAUGGUGAUCAGAGGACAAUCAACCUUCAACACCGAUGCACCCGUUGCAAUCAAACCCAGAAGAAAACUACAACAGUGGAAGAAAAUAUACUGUGGUUUACAAUCUGUAACCGAAGAAAAUAGUAUCUAAAAACUGAAGAUGAACAUAUAUGAGAGUUUCGUGGAGGUUAAUCAAAAUUUUUUAAAAAACAAUUUGUUUUUUCUUAGACCAAAGAAAGAAUCAGAGAAGAAUUAUUAGAUUCACACCCAAAGAAUAUUGAAGCGGAUGUUCAAUGAUGGGUUGGUCACACUUUUCGGAAUCGAUGACGCUAGGGUGUGUAAUUGAAGCCACACCUCCCUCCACUGCGAUGGAGAAUUGGAGGAGGAGGCAGCGGCUACAAGCUUCUUGAGCGACAGAACAAAGAAGAAAGAACGUGUUUUGCGCUGCUUCUUUAAUUAUUAUUAUUUUUUUUUUUCCCAGAAAACGUAGGGUAAGUUAAAAUAAUAUGAAUCUUUAUAUGGAUUUUUAAAUCAGUUUUUUCUAUAGAUUUAUAUGGAAAAUUUGUGAGAGUCGUGGAAUUAGAGUCAAUUUGGGGUCGUUGAAUUGGGUAUGUCGUCACACUGGUAGGUAGAUGUAUUUGCUGUUUAUGUCUAGUAAAUAUGGCAACGUUCAUAUAGUGUGGUUGGACAAAAUUUUUAAAAAAAAGAAAAAGAAAAAUAGUUUAAUUAAUCAAUAAAAAAAUUAGAAAGUAUAUAUAUUUACAAAAAUAAAGAAGGAUAUAUAUUUUUUGAAAAAUCUUUGCCUGUACGACCUCCUCCCCUCCCACCCAAUUUCACCACCACCCCAGCCCGACCCACUCGCCCCACCAACACCCACACCCCACCUUUUCCCUUCUCCUCUUCCAUCCUGUCAGAUGCUCUAACCUUCAAUUUCAUCACCUUCCGCCCUGAAAUCGCCAUAGGAGAUUAUGGGGAGUAUGGCUAAACCAACAAACACCUCAAUUGCCACCCCUUAUCUCUGUUUUGUGGUCACAAACCCACAAGCUACUCAAUGCAAACUCCACUACAAAAAUCAAGCUAACACGAACAAUACCCACAAACACAAUUAGAGUCAAUUUGGGGUCUUUGAAUUUGGUCUGUCAUCAUAGUGGUAGAUAGAUGUAUUCGCAACUAGAAAAUAAAUGGAGGUUGAGUUUGAGUGUCAUAAGAAAAACCAAGUUACUGUCUUCAAUUGCUCUGUUUGCAAGGUUUUGGAUUGGGUUAGGCUAAGUUCAUAUCAGGGAUGGGUGAAUUGUAUUCAGCAUUUGUUUGUGUAUAUAUGCUCAAUAGUUAUAUUGUUUUUAUGCAUAUAUGAAUUUGAAUUCUAAUCUGUUCGGAUAUGUGUACAAUGUAUUAAUUCGAAUCGUGGUUUAUUUAAAAGUAGUGAUUAGAAAAGUUCACUGAAAUAGUGGAAAAGAAGAUUGAUUUUUAAGAUGUAGAGGGGUUUGGAUCGAGCAUAGGCAUUGGUAGUCAUAUCUUAGGAUCCUGUGGGGAUAAUAUGAGAGAGAGGAAUCAUUUGUUAAAUUCUUGAUCAGAUUAAAGUUGAAAGCUUGAAGGGGAAAAAGCUUGGGUUGUACUUUUCUGCAUCAUGGUGCGGUCCAUGUCAACGGUUCACCCCUUCUUUAGUGGAGGCCUACAAUGAACUUUCUCCCAAAGGUGAUUUUGAGGUUGUAUUUAUCUCAGCUGAUGAAGAUGAUGAGUCAUUCAAUGGGUACUUCUCCAAGAUGCCGUGGCUUGCAAUUCCGUUUUCUGAUAACGAGGCACGUGAUCGCGUGGAUAAACUGUUCAAGGUCAGAGGGAUACCCCAUCUUGUGAUCCUUGGUGAAGAUGGCAAAGUUUUGAGUGAUAGUGGAGUUGAGAUUAUUAAGGAGCAUGGAGUAGACGGCUACCCUUUUACACCAGAAAAGAUAAAAGAACUAAAUGAUCAAGAAGCAGCAGCCAGAAGGGAUCAGUCCUUGAAAACGAUCUUGGUCUCUCGCUUACGUGACUUUGUAAUUUCAAAUGACGGAAAGAAUGUGCCUGUCUCUGAACUUGAAGGGAAGAUAGUGGGUCUCUAUUUUUCAUUGUCUGUAUACAGUCCAUGUGUUGACUUUACUCCAAAACUUUUGGAGGUUUAUGAGAAGCUAAAAGCAAAUGGAGAGAGCUUUGAGGUUGUGGUGAUACCACUUGAUGAUGAUGAAGAAUCAUUCAAGCAAGAUUUUAAGAACAUGCCUUGGUUUUCCUUGCCAAUCGGGGACAAAAAUAUUGGGAAGUUGGCUCGAUACUUUGAGCUUUCAACCUUACCCACUUUGGUUAUUAUUGGGGCAGAUGGUAAAACUGUUAGUAAGAACGUUGCUGAGGCCAUUGAAGAGCAUGGGGUUCUGGCUUACCCCUUCACCCCAGAGAAGUUUGCAGAGCUUAUUGAGAUAGAAAAGGCAAAGGAGAAAGCUCAAACCCUGGAGUCAAUUUUGGUAUCUGGGGAUCGAAACUUUGUCAUUGGAAAAGGUGGAACUGAGAUUCCUGUGUCAGAUCUGGUGGGGAAGAACAUCCUCCUCUAUUUCUCAGCUCAUUGGUGCCCUCCAUGCCGUGCCUUUCUACCAAAACUUGUUGAAGCCUACCACAAGAUUAAGGCAAAGGAUGAUGCAUUUGAAGUUAUUUUCAUCUCUAGUGACAGAGACCAAGGCGAUUUUGAUGAGUUUUUCUCUGGAAUGCCAUGGCUUGCUCUUCCCUUUGGUGACUUGAGAAAAGCAUCCUUGAGCCGCAAAUUCAAGGUGAAAGGCAUCCCCAUGCUCGUAGCCAUUGGUCCUACUGGCCAAACAGUCACAAAAGAAGCAAGAAACCUCGUUAUGCAGCAUGGGGCUAAUGCUUAUCCUUUCACUGAAGAGCGGCUGAAAGAGAUAGAAGCAGAGUAUGAGGAGAUGGCAAAGGGGUGGCCUGAGAAGUUGAAGAGUGCACAGCAUGAGGAGCACGAGCUCGCGCUUGCUCGCCGUAAAAAUUAUGUAUGCGACGGGUGUGGUGAACCGGGAGGGGCAUGGUCAUUCUACUGUGAGGAGUGUGACAUUAAUCUCCACCCAAAGUGUGCAUUGGAGGAAGAGAAGAGAACCAAAAGUGAUGCCAAGCAGGAACAGGAUCCUCCCCAAGAAGGAUUUAAGUGCGAUGGUAAUGUGUGUAAAAAAGCUUAAGAAGUAUGUGUGUGAUUUAAGGCUUAUGAGCAAAAGUGAUGCCAAGCAGGAACAGGAUCCUCCCCAAGAAGGAUUUAAGUGCGAUGGUAAUGUGUGUAGAAAAGCUUAAGAAGAAUGUGUAUGAUUUAAGGCUUAAAAUCUCAUAUGGAGAUUGUGUGUGAUUUAAGGCGUAAAAUCUCAUAUGGAGAUUAUUAGAGUUGUUUAUGUUGAAUAGUUUCUUUCUGUUGUGUCCCAAUGUAAUGUCUUGUCGUUUCAGAUGCUGCAGUGUUAUUAUAAGAUUUGAUGAGGUUGUGCAUUUACAUAAA